GCAGGAGAAGAAAAGGAAGAGGAAGAGGAAGAAAAUAGGAUGGUGAUGACUGGAGGUGAACACCAAGUAAAACAUUACUACAAAUGCUGUGAGCCACAGUUUUUCAUACAGAUAGUAGCAAUCGCGAUGCUGGUGUUGUUUGCUGGGUUGAUGUCUGGACUCACCUUGGGACUCAUGUCAAUGAGCCUUUUUGAUCUUGAAGUUCUUGCCAAGUCCGGAACCCCCAAGGACCGUCUCCAUGCCUCAAAAAUUCUACCAGUUUUAAGGCAGCAACAUCUAUUGCUUUGCACUCUUUUGGUCUCCAAUGCUGCUGCUAUGGAGGCACUCCCUAUUUUUCUAGAUAAUUUGGUACCAGACUUGGGAGCAAUUCUUAUUUCUGUUACAUUGAUACUUCUGUUCGGUGAGAUAAUACCACAAUCAAUUUGUACACGAUAUGGUUUGGUCAUUGGUGCAGCCCUAGCUCCAAUUGUUCGCGUUCUUGUUUUGAUUUGCUUUCCAGUAGCAUAUCCAAUAAGCAAGCUACUAGAUUUAUUGCUGGGAAAUGAGCAUGAACCUCUAUACCGUCGAGCCGAGUUGAAAACAUUAGUUGACUUGCACAGUUUCGAGGCAGGAAAAGGAGGAGACCUAUCGCAUGAUGAGAUUUCAAUCAUCGGAGGAGCUCUUGAGCUCACGGAGAAAACAGCAAGAGAUGCGAUGACUCCACUAUCCGAAACUUUUGCCAUUGAUAUCAACGCCAAACUUGAUAGGGAUUUGCUAAAUUUGAUCAUGGAGAAGGGAUAUAGUAGGGUGCCACUUUACUAUGAGCAACCAAAGAACAUCAUUGGACUUGUUCUGGUGAAGAAUUUACUGACCAUCAAUCCAGCAGAUGAGAUACCGGUGAAGGAUUCAACCAUUCGCUGGAUUCCGAGGGUUCCAGAGACAAUGCCCUUAUACGACAUACUGAACGAGUUUCAGAAAGGUCAUAGCCAUAUGGCUGCCGUAAUAAAACCGCAUAAUCACAUGGUGGAGCAGCAAGCAAGCAAACACGUAGCCAAAGUAGUUUCAAUGAGGGAAGUGAGACUAGACAUUCAGAAUGAAAGGCGGAAUCAAAACCAUAAUGUGAAAAGCAAGAGAUCGCUGAAGAAUUUACCUGAUAGCACAACCGUUCCGCGAAGAGUAACCUCAAAGAGCAGGAGAUGGUCGGAGCAUUAUGACUCAGAGGUUCUGCAAAUCAAUGACAAGUCAUUAUCAGCACUCACUGCAGAUGGGGAAGUCAUAGGCAUCAUAACCAUGGAAGAUGUAAUUGAGGAGCUGCUAAAUGAGGAAAUAUAUGAAGAGACUGAUCUUCGUGACAACAAUUCAUAGCCUGAUUACCUUCGGGAUCCAAGAAAUAAGGAUAAUGAGUUGAAUGCAGAGAAUGUUGAAAUCAUAUCGACAUUAUGGCUCACAGGUUUUAACCUACAUCCCAAAGAAUGUGGCUCAUGACUUGGGAUAACUUACUGGUCAUGGAGUGCGACACAGAAUUUUCUCAGAUUUUUUUCUUUGGUUCACAUGAUAU